AUGUCAGAUUGUGGCAGAGCAGAACUGUCGCUGAAUUCAGAGAAGAUCCCUCAAAUGAAGCGCCAAAAUCCAGACAACGCUCGCCAUUCUGGUGGUAAACGAUACCGCAUCGAUGCAUACAAUGAAGCCCUAGCCGAAGGGAAAUUUGAACUUCGACUCUUGAUCCCGACGAAGUGCGCUGGAGCUGUAAUUGGUCGAGGGGGAGAGUACAUCAAGCAAAUAAGAGAAAAGGUAAGGUUUGAUUUUCUUAGUUUUGUUGGUUUAGGUAUUGACACAUUUAAGAAUCACCAGUCUUUAAGAUUGGAUAUCUCCAAGCUUAGGAUGUAAACAUAGUAUUGCUGUAGUAUGUUGAGAGCCCGUGGUUUUGGUAAAUCUGAUUGAAAUGAAAUCCAAAGGCGUUUUAACCAUUAUUUCGUGUUUGCAGUUCGAUGCCUCCCUCACCGUUCCCGAUAGAAACACACCCGAACGGUAAUCAUUUCCUUAUACUUUAUUUUCUGGCCAUCCACCUCCAUUCCAACAGCCUUCGCAAAUACACAAUGUUCCCAUACACUUAUUUCAGUUACAUGGUUUUGGGGACCGUCAAGUAUAAUUUUUUAAAAUUUUUUUGUUUAGAGUGUUUACCAUCAUUGUUGGUCAAGAUCGUCUUGUGGAAUGUGUAUCUGAAGUGCUUCAAAGGUUGUCCGAAGUAAGUAAUUUCUUGGAAAACUUCAAUCGUUGUAUAGCUUCAGGAACUGCAGACCAAGAAAACAAACGAGAUAGAAAUAAAAAUGUUAGUGCAUCAGUCACAUGCUGGUGCUAUAAUUGGACGUGGAGGGUCUAAGAUUAAGGAACUGAGGGAACAAACUGAGUCGAACAUAAAAGUCUUCCAAGAAUGUUGUCCUAUGAGUACGGAUCGUGUCGUUCAAAUCACGGCUACCUCCGAUAAGAUGUCAAAUGUGAUCAAAACUUUGGUCGAUUUCCAACGGGAGGUAGGAUAUUAAUGGUGUGGUACGUUUAUGUAUAGAUUGCAAUAAAAGGAAUCCAAAAACCCUAUGACGCCGCAAAUUACGAUCCCAGGAUGGUAUUUGGUUAUGGUGGAUAUUCAACUGAUAAACCUUAUAUGCCGCGCGGACAUGCCGCUGCUCCGUUCAGUGACUUUGGCCGGGGUGGGCCACCUGUACAAUAUGGAGGCGGCCCUCCACCAUUUCCUAGAGGAGGGAUGCCGCCUCCUGUUGCCCUAGGCGGACCAGGAGGUUUUAUGGGCGAUCAAAGUCAAGUGUCGACAACUCAGGUGUGCAUAUUACUCAACCAUUCGUAUACUCUGGAUUUAGGUAACAAUCCCAAAUGAACUUGGAGGGACUAUUAUUGGCAAAGGCGGAGAACGUAUAAAUAGGAUUCGACAGGAAAGUGGGGCUCGCAUAGACAUCGGGAGUGCUUAUGGGACAGAUGAAAGGAUAAUUACAAUUGCAGGUUCACAAGCCCAGAUACAAACCGCUCAGUACCUGCUACAACAAAGGUAGGUUCCCGGGUUAUUUUGAAAGAUAUUCUUGCAGUGUUCGGACGUCUGAAGCUGGCCGGCGUUAUCUACGCGAACAACGAUAA